CCGUCCGACAGCGCUCGGGCACUUUCGGACAGGAGGAGGCGGAGAGCCGAGGCUCGCUCGUGAGGAUCCCGGCUCGGGACCGUUCGGCUCCACUCGGCUCCUUCUCGGGCGGGCUCGGCUCCCGCGGGCGGCGGGUGCAGGCGGAGCCUGCAGCGCAAGGUUCUCUAGGCCGGGUCGCGUUGCGUCGGAGUCCGGCGGAGUCGGCCUCACAGUAGGGGACCCCGAUGACUGGGGACCACGACCGGCGCGGCCUUCUAGGCCCUGAGGAGGGCUAGCGCAGAGCCUCUCGGAAACCCUCGUGCGGCCUCGGACCAAUUCGGACCGACUCGGCUCCGCGCUUCGGACCACUUCGGCCCCCCUCGUUUCCGGACUCUAGGCCUCGGCUUAGCUCGACUCGACCGGGCCGCUUCGUGCCGGUUCGGCCCCUGUUCGGGCGGCCCCGGCUCGGCUUGGCGGCCGGCUUCGGGCGGGCUCGGCUCAGCUCGGCUCGGUUCGGGCAGCCCUCCUCGGUCAAGCUCGGCCCGGCUCGGCCCGGCUCGGGCGGCCUUCUCGGGCGGCGCGCUUCGGGCUCCGUCCCGGCCUUCGGGCGGCCCCGGCCGUCGCCUUCGGGCGGGCUCGGCGGAGUCCGGAUGGAGGACUCGGACUCGGCCGCCAAGCAGCUGGGCCUGGCCGAGGCGGCGGCGGUGGCGGCCGCGGCCGCUGUGGCGGCGGCGGCCGCGGCCGCGGCGGGAGGCGAGGCGGAGGAGCCGGUGCUCAGCAGGGACGAGGACUCGGAGGAGGACGCAGACUCGGAGGCGGAGCGCGAGACGCGGCGGGUGACGGCCGUGGCGGUGAUGGCCGCCGAGCCCGGGCACAUGGACAUGGGCGCCGAGGCCCUGCCUGGCCCCGACGAGGCCGCCGCGGCCGCCGCCUUCGCAGAGGUGACCGCCGUGACAGUGGCCGACGUGGGCGCCUCGGCGGACAAUGUCUUCACCACGUCGGUGGCGAGCGCUGCCUCGCUCUCGGGCCACGUGCUGUCGGGCAGGACAGCCCUUCAGAUCGGGGACAGUCUGAACACCGAGAAGGCCACGCUGAUCGUCGUGCACACGGACGGGAGCAUCGUGGAGACCGCCGGGCUGAAGGCACCCACUGCCCCUCUCACCCCCGGCCCUCAGUCUCCUCCGACUCCUCUGGCUCCCGGCCAAGAGAAAGGUGGAACUAAGUACAACUGGGACCCAUCGGUGUACGACAGUGAGCUGCCUGUGCGCUGUCGGAACAUCAGUGGCACCUUGUAUAAGAGCAGGCUCGGCUCAGGAGGCCGGGGGCGCUGCAUUAAGCAGGGGGAGAACUGGUACAGUCCUACCGAGUUUGAAGCCAUGGCAGGAAGGGCCAGCAGCAAAGACUGGAAGAGAAGCAUCCGCUAUGCGGGGCGGCCGCUGCAGUGCCUCAUCCAGGAUGGGAUCCUAAACCCUCAUGCCGCCUCCUGCACCUGUGCCGCCUGCUGUGAUGACAUGACCCUGAGCGGGCCCGUCAGGCUCUUCGUCCCCUACAAGAGGCGCAAGAAGGAGAGCGAGCUGCCCGCCACACCCGUCAAGAAGGAUGCCCCCAAGAACAUCACCCUGCUUCCCGCCGCAGCCGCCACCACCUUCACCGUGACCCCCUCAGGACAGAUCACUACCUCUGGCGCGCUGACCUUCGACCGAGCGUCCACCGUGGAGGCCACCGCGGUCAUCUCGGAGAGUCCGGCCCAGGGCGACGUGUUUGCGGGAGCCACAGUACAAGAAGCAGGCGUGCAGCCCCCAUGCAGGGUCGGCCACCCGGAGCCCCACUACCCAGGGUAUCAGGACAGCUGUCAGAUCGCACCGUUUCCGGAGGCCGCGUUGCCAACAUCUCAUCCCAAAAUAGUGUUGACAUCCUUGCCCGCCCUGGCGGUGCCUCCUUCCACCCCCACCAAAGCCGUGUCUCCCGCUGUGGUCAGCGGGCUGGAGAUGUCGGAACAGCGGAGCUGGCUGUACCUGGAGGAGAUGGUCAAUUCCUUGCUCAGCACCGCGCAGCAGCUGAAGACGUUGUUUGAACAGGCCAAGCAGGCCAGCUCCUACCGAGAAGCCGCCGCGGCCCAGGCCAGAGUCCAGGCGGAUGCAGAGCGGAAAGAGCAGUUCUGUGUCAACUGCGGCCGGGAGGCCCUGAGCGAGUGCACCGGCUGCCACAAGGUCAACUACUGCUCCACCUUCUGCCAGCGCAAGAUGUGCUUCUUCUGGACAUUUCACGUAGCAGGAGUCGUAUAACAUGUGGUCUCCCGCGUCUGGCUUCCUCUGACCAGCGUGUUUUCAAGGUUCAUCCACGUGGAGCCUGAGUAGCGUCCACGGUGUGGCUGGACCUCGUCUUGUCCUCCAGUCCUCAGCCAACGGACAUCUGAGUGGUUCCCGCCAUGUGACUGUCGUGAACACUCACGAGCGAGCUCCAGGGUGGAGACAGGUUUUUGUUUGUCUUGGCUACAUGCGUACAUGGAUUUGCUGAGUCAUAUGGUAAACUUGUGUUUAACUUUAGUAAGAAGCUUCCCAACUUUUCCGAAGUGACUGCACCCCCUCCAGUGGCGGGUCCAUCCGUGUCCACAGCGCUGGCUCUUGCUUUCUGGUCGUAGCCCUGCUACCGGGUGUGAAGCGACAUCAGUGCGUUCAGUCUGCAUCUCCCUGAUGUCUAAGGGUGCUGAGCAUCGUUGUGUGUGCUGAUCGGGCGUUGUAUAUCUUUUGGGGGGAAAUGUCUAUUCAGAUCUUUUGCCCGUUUUUAAAUGGGAUCGUUUCUCUUCUUAUCGAGUGUGGAGAUGUCUGUGUAUAUCCUGGAUACAAGUCCUUUAUCAGAUAUGUGAUUUCCAAGUACUUUCCCCCAGUCUGUGACUUGUCUCUUUAUUUCUUAAUAGUGUCAUUUGAAGGGCAAAAGUUUUUUUAAUUUUGAUGAAAUCCAGUUUACUUUUAAAAAAUUUUUAUUAUCUAUUAUUUUUUAUUUUUGGCCUUGC